AUGGGGGAAGUAUCAGUAUCGGGAAGAAAAAAAGCAAACAUGACAAACAGUCCAUUCGUCACACCACCUAUACUUCCAAGGUUGUCAGCUUUUAUCUUCUUCACUAUCAUGGCUGCUGUGAGAUUGCGCAAGGCCUUUCGUUAUCCCGAGGAAUCAGAUGGCGAACGCGAGGAGCUGGACGAUGAGGAGCAGGAACAGGUCAUCGAACAGUUGCAGAGCCAGAACGAUGCCCGCAAUGCUCAGUACAGUAUGGUUUUCACUGCACUCCCACUGAUAACUGCCGUGGUAUUUGUUUCUUCGGUGCUGUCAGCUUCGAGUCACUUCGAACGGCUAUUCUCUCUCCUCGGGCUGGUCUCAUUGUUGACAACGGCGUACAUCAUGAGAAGCUCCCCGCUUCAGUCAGACCGCAAAGGCAAGAAGCCCAUGACGGUCCGUAAUGAGCGGAUGGCUCGCUUGCAUGCUGGUCUGGUGCCUGGAACUAGUGCAGUCUGCUUGUUACUGGCUUUGGUGUAUCUCUCUGCGGGAUCUUCAUGGGGCAUUCGGCCAGUGCUCUACUUGAUGCCUGGAGUCAUGCUUGUGACGAUUCUUCUCGCGCAAAGGGUGAUGCGCUCUGUAGACCUCACCCCCCUCAAAGAUCUACAGUACGAAUACAAAGGAGCUUAGCCAGGUACAUGAGACAAUGUGAAAACGUCGAAUGUCUGAUUUCAUGUGGUCAUUAUUAAAGUAUAAGCCAGAUUUGGAAAAAAAAAAA